AACACACAGUGAGAUGAGGCGAGCAACGUCCACAACCAGUACUCCGGCGUUUCUUUUCCAUCAUGCUGAGACAGAAUGCGCACAUUUGGGGUUGUUUUGAUGCCCGAUAGUAUUUGGUGACCCGCAAUCCCUCCGCUCUCCUGCAUAUCUGUGAACAAUUGUGCAUUUCUGCACGUGUUACAUACAGAUUGUUUGACGCGCACUGGAUCAAUGAGAGAAGUUAGGAACCGGCGGUGGUUUUUAACUUGUUGCGCGGUGAUGCAAGUGUCCUCUUGCGCAAGAGAAUGAUUAAUGAGCCAGUUAUACAUAUCAUUUCUUCUUCGAGCUGUGUGAGUGGCAAAAGUUGCUUUAGGAUGGGCUCAAGGAACAAGAUCCAUUCUCAACCUGCCGUAGAAUCUGCGCAAUUAAGUUAAAUUGGACUACCGGAGCUACCCAAAGACCCAUAUUAAUAAUCGGAUGUGGAUGUUCUUGGGUCCAAAUAUAGUUUAAAAUUAUAUUGAUUUCCUAACCAUCUAAUCCUGGAGAUGUCGGAGUCUUACGAGGACAGAUUGUGCGGGGAUGGAGCUCCGGACUUCAUCCCACCGAGAGCGAUUCGAUCAGGCCGGCGGAGUGGAGUCAGCGUGCCACUGGUGGAGCGCGACGAGGCGGCUCUCCUAGAGUCUGUGAAAACGGCACCGAGGAGGAGCAGCAUCAUUAAGGACCCUUUAGUGGCCAAGGUCAGCGGUGGAAGAAAGAAAACGGUUUCUUUCAGCAGUAUGCCAUCAGAAAAGAAGGUGAGCAGUGCUGCAGAUUGCCUUGCCUUCAUGCAGGGUGGCUGUGAGCUAAAGAAGGUGCGACCCAACUCGCGCAUCUACUCAAGAUUCUACACUCUGGACUCUGAGCUGGCCUGUCUCCGUUGGGAACCCUCCAAGAAAGAUGGUGACCGAGCUCGACUUGACAUCUCUGCCAUCCGUGAGGUCCGCACAGGGAAAAGCACAGAGACAUUUCUCCACAAUGGCCCAUCAGAUCACCUCGCUGAAGAAGCAGCCUUCUCCAUCAUUCACGGUGAUGAGUAUCAGUCCCUUGACCUGGUUGCACUCUCUGCCGAUGUGGCCAACAUCUGGGUGACAGGGUUGCGGUACCUGUUGUCUCACCCUGGUGCCAUUGGUGGAGGGGAUGGAGGGGUGGGAGAGGGCAGUAUUGGGAGCAAGAUGAGGUGGAACUGGUUGGCGGCAGAGUUUGCACUGGUUGAUGAAGACGGACAUGAAAUUGUGUCUGAAGAUACGGCAGUGGCCACCAUCUGUAAACUCUGCCCUGGCAUUAAGGAAGCAAAGGUGCGAUUGCGCUUUAAGGAGAUUCAGCGGAGCAAAGAGAAGCUAACUUCUCAUGUUACGCUGGAAGAAUUCCAGGAAGCCUACUGCGAGUUGUGUACGCGACCUGAUGUCUAUUUCUUGCUAGUGCAACUCUCUAAAGACCGAGAGUGCCUUGAUGCCCAGGACCUGCGUCUUUUCCUGGAAACUGAGCAAGGUCUGUCAUUGGCCACCACUGAGGGCUGCUUGGAGCUUUUUUGCCGCUUUGAGCCCUCUGCAGCUGGGCGUGAGCGAGGUCUACUGGGCUUGGAUGGAUUUACACGCUACCUACAGUCAGCUGAGUGCCAGUUGUUAGACCCUGAGCACCAGAAUGUGUGCCAGGACAUGAAGAUGCCCCUUUCUCAUUAUUUCAUCAGUGCCUCCUACCGCUCCUACCUGCUGGAUGACCAAGUGCAUGGCCGGGCUGAUCUUGGGGGUCUCAUUCGAGCCCUGCAGAUUGGCUGUCGGUGUCUGGAGCUAGGGGUUACCGAUGGGCCAGAAGGGGAGCCACUAUUGGGUGUAGACCAUGGUACAGAUGGAAAGCAUCAUCACCACCACCAUCAUCACCACCAUCACCAUCAUGGUUCUAUUACUCUGCGUAGUGCCCUGGAAGUAGUCAACAAGUAUGCUUUUCUCACCUCUCAGUAUCCUCUGCUGCUGUAUCUAUGCCAGCAUUGCUCACCUUCCCAGCAACGUACUCUUGCACAACAUCUAAAAAAGGUUUUUGGACCCAAGCUCUAUACCCCUGAAUCUCUUCCUGUCAGUCUGGGAGGUCGUGCAACCAUUUUGCCCUCUCCAGAGCAGCUAAAGGGAAAGGUGCUUCUUGUCGGAAAGAAGCUGCCCCCAGAAGUGGAAGGUUCUGAAGGAGAGAUAUCUGAGGAGGAUGAGGAGAUUGGUGGCGGUGGUCCUCUGGCUGGAAGAAGGAUGACUAUCCCUGGGGAAGAAGAACUGGGGGUAGUCCUUGUUGUUCCCCCACCCCCACAGCCAAGGCGCCUCCGCUUGCGGCGUGAAUUGUCCGAUCUCAUCGCAGUGGCUCGCACUGGAAGUCGCAACUUUUAUGCUCACCGAACGAGUACACAGCCAUCCCAGCAGCAUUCUCCCCCCUCCACUCCUUCUACACCAGGUACACCUAUGACCCUUGACCCCCCUUACUGGACCCUGUGCUCUCUUGGGGAAGGAGAGGCAGGACGGCUGGCCAGUGAGAGCCCAGAGGAGCUGGUGAACUUUACCAAGCGCAGUCUAACUCGUGUGCGGCCCAGCUCUGUAAGACUAGACUCUAGCAACCCAAACCCACAGGGCUACUGGAAAGGAGGUGUGCAACUGGUGGCACUCAACCAGCAGACGCCAGGUGCCAUGCUAGACCUGACCCGUGGUCGUUUUAUGCAGAACGGUGGGUGUGGGUAUGUUCUUCGUCCAGCAGUAAUGCGAGAGGAGGUUUCCUACUUUAGUGCCCAAUCACAAGGCUGCGUGCCUGGUGUACCAGCACAAACACUCAGGGUGAAGGUCAUUAGUGCCCAUAGUCUACCCAAGCCACAAGGCUCUGGUGCCAAAGGUGAGGUCAUCGACCCAUAUGUGGUGCUGGAGCUGCACGGAGUGCCUGCAGACUGCACAGAGCAGAGAACUCGCACUGCUGCCCAGAACCAGGAUGAUCCACUGUUUGAUGAGACGUUUGAGUUCCAGGUGAACAUGCCUGAACUAGCCCUGCUGCGUUUCGUAGUUCUGGAUGAUGAUUAUAUAGGUGAUGACUUCAUUGGCCAGUACACCAUCGCUUUUGAGUGUCUACAGCCUGGUUAUCGCAAUGUGCCCCUGCUGGGCCUCGCUGGAGACCCUUUGCCCCAUGCCAGCCUGUUUGUAUACAUCGCCAUCACUAACCGCAGAGGUGGGGGAAAGACCCAGAGAAGGGGUCUGUCCGUCAGGAGAGGAGUGCGGCGUGGACGAGAGUACGUCACUCUACGUAACACGGGAAUCAAAGUGCUGGAUGACACUUUCCGCCCAGCCAGCGGACCUCUGCGAGAAGCUACAGACCUGCGAGAGGAUGCACUGUGUGCCACAGUGGCUUUUAAAGAGCAGUGUGGGCUCCCCCCGACGGCCACACUGAAGCAGUGCAUCCAGAGCUUGGCCACGAGGCUGCAGAGUCCAGAUGGGCCCCCAAGUGCCACACUCACUCUGAAGGAAGGUUACCCAUGCCUGGAACCUUUGGGCAACUUGACUGACGCCACUCGUAAACUGCUAAAUGGUUAUGACACGAUGAUUUCUGCCAACAAACAGCUGAUAGAAAAUGCAGAUGGAGUGCAUGAGAGAAUUGCACAAGUGCAAAAGGAAGGAAUGGUGUUUCAUGAAGAUCUGCCCAGGUUGGUAGAAAAGGAAAAUCUGAAAGGCCGUAAACAGAGUAAAGCUGUGGAAAGUUUUGCUUGGAACAUCACUGUGCAGAAGGGUCAGUGCGACCUCCUGCGAAGUGCUAAGAUAGAUGCUUUGGAUACGUUGAGGCAGCUGGCAUUGGCCUGUGAGGCGUCCGGCCUGAUCUUGACCUCUGACGGUCACUACACCCCUCACGGCCUGUCCUCCAGACGGGGCAGUAGCCAUGGCAAUGGUCGCAGCUGAGCCCCAGAGACACACGUAGGCAUUGAGAGCGCAUUUAUUCAUAGGUGAAUGAAUGGCUGAAUGUUGGACAGACAGAAAGACAGAUGUAUAGGUGUCUCAGAUGAACAGAUGCUAGUAGGGGCAUUUGUCCUUUUUUGAAGUGGGUGCUUGAUUUUAGCACAGCAUUGACCAGAUGUUAUUUGAGGGCAGAAUAAUGAAUGUUCUUAUCAAGACCUACUGAAUGAAGGAUGUAAAAGGAAUUAAAGCGAAUUCCUCAGCGAUAUAAAAUGACUCAUGUCAACAAUGUAGAAAGCAUGCCUGCAAUAUUUAAGAGGACUUUAAUGUUGAACUCCUUGUAGUUCACAGGCUAGAAAUGUUCUUUCGAGCAGAAAAAAAAGUAUAAAUCUAAAACUGCAACUAAUGUCGAAUACAGAAGACUCAUUAGUCUUUCCCCUAGUUCAUGACUAAAUCACCAAAGUGUGAAGUUUGUUUACUCAGGUUAGCACAUCUCAGAAAUAAUUUUAGAGGGUCUGCAUCAUCUUCAGGGCUGUAUCUCCCUCUCUGCUGUCACUCAAGCUGAUUGACAGGUGAUGCCCACCAGCAGGACAGCAGCAUUUCUGCCUCUAAGCCCUAUCCAGUCUAAAGUGUACGGGAUAUAACUGGUGCUUCUCCGUUGAAGGGAACCAUAUCCUUAUCUUCCGUCUUCACCAGUGAUAUGGAUCGUCUUGAGCUCAUUAACAAUGCAGAAUGAACUCAAGAAGGUUUUGUUAAAAUAUUGUUCAGUACACCCUAACAGUGUUAACUGAGCCGGUUACUCAAUGGGAGGACAAGUACUGAUUACGCCACAUAUCCAUGUAAUGCAUAUGGAGUUCAGCACCUGGGAUUGGAACAAUGUUACUAAAUGAUGAAUUACAGUUUGGGUGAAAAGUGACUUUAUUUCUAACAUACAUUCCUUGGCUUGAUUGGAUGAAGGCUUCUGAUGAGUCUGCUGGCAUGCUCAUCAUCACAUUAAAAAAUAAAAAUAAAAAAAACCUUUUUGUCAUAAAGACAAAAAUGCUACUAAACAUGGCAAGAAUUGCUGCCGGAUGUUUGAUUUAAAAAAACAACUAACUGUUAUAAACAGCUUUAAGCACUGAGACAACUAAAGUAGAUACAAUUCUAAAGUAGAAACUGUUUUACAACUUGCAUUGUGUAACAUUUGACAGUGUUGUGAUAGACAAGGACAACAUUAGCAGUAUUUUGUCUAUUGCGGUCAAAGACACUCACAAUAGACUAGUUUUUGAAAUGGCACCUUUUCUUUUCACGUUAACAGAAUAACAGAAAUUAGAUAUGUGAUUAUAUAUAUUAUUUUUCUUAUGGUAGACAAGUAAAAGUGCUGGUACAUUGUGUGUGUGAACGUAUGUGUGCAAGGGUGCUAAUGUAAAUGUGUGUGAGACGUUUCAGUGGUACUUGUUCUGAAUGUGAUGAAUCUGAUGCCUGAUCAAUUCGGGCAGUUGUUUUUAAACAAAAACCUGACUGUUGGUUGAUGUCAGACAUUUUAUUUUAGAAGACCAAAUGAGCAUAUUCACUACAGUGAAGGUGUAUAAAUCGAUAAUGAACGGGAUGAGAAAAGGCAUAACAUUAGCACAUAAGCAAACGUCCUGUUGUCCUGUUUUAUAUGUCCACAAGUCUUUUACUCUCCUUUUUAACUCUUUCAAUCUACUUUGUACUGUUCUCUACUACUUUUUAUGUAUUUACUUUUCUCUUCCUCUGUCUUUGCCCUUGUUCUCUUCCUAUUCUCUCUGAAGGGUGAGCAAUCCAUGCCUGUUCUGUGACAGUUUUUGUGUGUGUUCACGUCUGAACUGAAUGUGUACUAAUUCCUGAAGUGUUCCUUAAAAAACUAAUUGUUUGCUAAAGUGUGAACAAAAAAGUUUUGUGAAUUAUGUAAGAGAGUUGUAGAUAUUAUAUCUUAAAGCUACAAACAUAGUUGUCCCCUUUACAGUGUGUGUGUGUGUGUGUGUGUGUGUUUGUAACACGUAACCCAUGUUCCUCCGACCCCAGGACCUGCAACCCAGAGGAUCUGUGUACUUGUAAAGGGGCAAAAUCUAAAUAAUGAAUACCCAUUCACAGUAUUAGCUUUCCGUUCCAGUUUAGAUGGCUCUUGAGACCAAUCAGACAUGUGAAAUUAAGUCUCACUUUAGACGGGUUUUUUAGACCCCAUUGAGGUGCACUUUAAACUAAACAGUCCAUUUGGACUGGUAUAUUGAUUCCUGCAGUAUUAGAUAGUGGUCAACAUCUCAGACGGUGCAAUAUUACGCUGCUGUUUGACGUUAAACAUAAUGACUAGUUUAAUGAGGAGCAUUAAUCCAGCUGUCCUAAUUAGCCAUUUCUGCUUUUUUCCCCAUGUGUGGUUACCAUGCGUUUGUUGUGUCUGCAUUUCCUCUGACUCUUAAAAAUUAAAUAUAUUGUUUAAAAUAUUUUGUCGCAUUCUUGUUAGCAGUUGUUGUCCUUGUAUCAGAGAGUAUUGAAGGUGACAAGCGUGCAUUAAACAAAGUAAACUUCAAAGCUGUGUUGCUUUUAUUUUAAAAUCAUGGUUUGUAUUUUAUAACUAA